UUGAGUAUUUUCUUCAAGUGAAGUUAAGAGUGUGCGAGAGCGAGAGGGUGAGAGAAAGAAGGAAAAGUGUUAGACGGGAGUGCGACCGUGUGUAUAGCAAAUACGCUGCUGUUUGAAAAAGCCAACAACCCACUCUGUGCUUACUGUACCAGGCUGGAAGAAGCUGUACGGAAGAAGAAGAAAGAGGAAAGAGGCUGUACGGCGACUGAACUUAAGGGACUACUGAGCAGUCGCGAACCAGAUCCUCGUUGAGAGGAUCUAUCAAGUUGUCCUAGUCUGUGUGACGCUGGGCAGCUACUGUCAGACUGCGUGGAGGACCGCAACUACCGCAACUACUAUUACUACCGCUCGGCUGUCUGGACAGGAGCUUGAACGCCCUGUCCUUCUCGCUCUCCCUCCCUCUCUCUCUCUCUCUCUCUCUCUCUCUCUCUCUCUCUCUCUCUCUCUCUCUCACUCUGGCUGAGACACACACACGUGCACGCACACGGUGAGCGUCGGUGUGUGUGUGUGUGUGUGUGUGUGUGUGAGAGUGGUGGAGCCUGCUGUGUGUGCUGCAGACUAAAGAGUUGGGAGAAGAGCGGACCAGAGCCAGUCACUACCAUGCUAGAGCAGGGAGAAGGGCUGCUCUCUGCCCUGGCGCCCCUGCGUCUCUGCAGCCCCGUUCGCCCUCUACUGCUCCUGGGUCUGGUGCUCUGGCUCAGCGCGCUAACGGUUAACGGCAACGCAUUUGACAACAUGUUGCUGCGGGCGUCCAGCAGGGCAGAGGUGAAGAGCAGAAAGGAGGCCGAGGGCAGCUCCACCACAGCCCUGCCCUCAACCAAAAUGCUGAGGUGCUACUGUGACCACCACUGCCCCGGAGAAAUCCCCAAAAACACAUGCAGGGCAGACGGGCCCUGUUUCACCAUGGUGCAGGAAGAGUUUGGGCGCCCCGUUCUCUCUUCUGGCUGCUUGAAGCACGCCGGCUCAGAGCUCCAGUGCAGGGACACACUGAACCACCGAACGCGAACUACCAUGGAGUGCUGUACGGACCGGGACUUCUGCAACCUGGACCUGUUCCCUACCCUGCCUCCACUGAAGACACCCAAUCACGUGGAAGGUAACGUCCACUAUGUGGCGCUGUUGGUCUCAGUCAGCGUCUGCAGCAUCAUCCUGGUCCUCCUCAUCCUAUUCUGUUACUUCAGGUUCAAGCGACAGGAGUCCCGCCCACGCAACAGCAUGGGUCUGGUGCAGGACGAGAGCUACAUCCCCUCUGGAGAGUCUCUCAAAGAUCUCAUAGAGCAGUCCCAGAGCUCCGGCUCAGGCUCAGGGCUCCCUCUACUGGUACAGAGGACCAUCGCCAAGCAGAUCCAGAUGAUGAAGCAGAUCGGCAAGGGGCGGUACGGGGAGGUGUGGAUGGGCCGGUGGCGCGGGGAGAAGGUGGCGGUCAAGGUGUUCUUCACCACCGAGGAGGCCAGCUGGUUCAGGGAGACUGAGAUCUACCAGACGGUGCUCAUGAGACACGAGAACAUCCUGGGCUUCAUCGCGGCGGACAUCAAGGGCACGGGCUCGUGGACCCAGCUGUACCUGAUCACCGACUACCACGAGAGCGGCUCCCUGUACGACUACCUCAAGUCCACCACGCUGGACAACCGCGCCAUGCUGCGGCUGGCCUACUCCUCCGUCUCGGGCCUGUGCCACCUGCACACGGAGAUCUUCGGCACGCAGGGCAAGCCCGCCAUCGCCCACCGCGACCUGAAGAGCAAGAACAUCCUGGUGAAGCGCAACGGCACCUGCUGCAUCGCCGACCUGGGCCUGGCCGUCAAGUUCAUGAGUGACACCAACGAGGUGGACAUCCCCCCCAACACCCGGGUGGGCACCAAGCGCUACAUGCCCCCCGAGGUGCUCGAAGAGACCCUCAACCGGUACCACUUCCAGUCCUACAUCAUGGCCGACAUGUACAGCUUUGGACUCAUCCUGUGGGAGAUCGCCAGACGCUGUCUCUCUGGAGGUCUAGGCAUCCUGGAGGAAUACCAGCUGCCCUAUCACGACCUGGUGCCCACCGACCCCUCCUACGAGGACAUGAGGGAGGUGGUCUGCUUCAAGAAGCUCCGCCCCUCCUUCCCUAAUAGGUGGACCAGCGAUGAGUGUUUGCGGCAGAUGGGGAAGCUGAUGACCGAGUGCUGGGCCCACAACCCCGGCUCACGGCUCACAGCACUACGGGUUAAGAAGACGCUCGCCAAGAUGUCCGAGUCACAGGACAUCAAGCUGUGAGGCGUUUGUGUUCACCCAACCCACAAUGGACCACGUCUGAGUUCGGACACAUCCUCCCCGCCGGCCUUCUGGACUACAAGUCCCAAGAACACGCGGGCUGCCGGAAGUACAACUGGAAUACGCGGCUAGGGAGCUGGGGACGCUUCGAAACAUCAGUAACAAAGAGAGGAUAUCACAUUUCGAGGUCCUGUACGAUUUCUGUCGGUCUAGGAAGGAGUGAAACGUAAAAAAGUAUCGUUUUAGAGACCAAUUUAAGGGACUCCAAAACCAACUACUACAAGUGUUGCCUUGGCAAAAAACGAAUUAUACAAAAAACAGAGGUCCAGUUUUAAAUGGCAAUGUAGUCACAGAGAUUUGUAAACAGGCUACUGACCUUAACUGUGGGUGGAAAGAUACCAGUGCUUUCUGUGAAAGCUGAUUGACCCGUUGGUAAAAGGUCCUGAAUAUUUGUGUACAAAGGCUCAAUGUGUAAGUGUAGCGCGUCGUUUAAAACCCAGUCACACAACUGAUGGUUUUGUUCGUGUUUAAAGCCCAGGACUGAUUUUGUUGUUUCUCUUUCACUCACAAACCGUUUGCUUUUGAUACACUGACUGACCGUAUGUGAAGGCUACAUGUAUGUUGAGGCCUUAAAAAAAGAUUUUUGUUUGUCUGGUUAUGUCUGUUGAAAAAAGUAGAAAAAUUGUUAAAUCUUUUUCCCUAUAUAUUGUUACUUGUUAAGAUUUUAUGAGAAUAAUAAAGUUUAUAUUGCCAAAACAA